UGACGGUGCCGGAUGCUGACAGACUCGCGUGAAUGGAGUUGGCAAGACAUGGGCUCGGCGCCGUGAUGGAGAGGAAUCACCAUUAAAAGCAGGCAGGCAGUCAGGCAGCAGCAGGCGGCUGAUGUGUGGCAGUGAGAGGGCGGAGCCUCCAGUCAGAGUAGCCCUCGCGCACACACUCCCCGGGCGUCCAGUCACACCCAGUCGCAGACGGCGUUCGGCGGGAGGCGGUAGAGAUGUACGGGAGCGCUCGCACGGUCAGCCACCUGGAGAGCAGCCCGGCCCGCUCGCCUCGACUCCCGCGCUCGCCGCGGCUGGGUCACCGGCGCGCCCACAGCGGAGGCGGCAGUGGCGGCGGCGGAGGGGGGAAGACCCUCUCCAUGGAGAACAUCCAGUCGCUCAACGCCGCCUACGCCACCUCAGGGCCCAUGUACCUGAGUGACCACGAGGGGCUGGGCACGGGUCACCACGCCACCUACCCGCGCGGCACCAUGACGCUGGGCCGCUCCACCAGCCGCGUGUACGGCGGCCGCGUCACCGCCAUGGGCAGCACGCCCAACAUCGCCACCGCGGGCCUGCCGCACUCGCACCUGGACCUGCUGGGCUACGGCGCCGCCGACCUGGGCUCGCUGUCCAUGCUGCACCACCACCACCACGGCGGCACGCCGUCGGCCCUGCUGCGCCAGGCGGUGCGCAGCAGCGGCGGCGAGCUGCUGGAGAUGCAGGCGCAGCUGCGCGAGAUGCAACGCGAGAACGACCUGCUCAGGCGCGAGCUGGACCUCAAGGACACCAAGCUGGGCUCCUCGGCCAACAGCAUCAAGAGCUUCUGGAGCCCCGAGCUCAAGAAGGAGCGCGUCAUGCGCAAGGAGGAGGCCGCACGCACCUCAGUGCUCAAGGAGCAGAUGAGGGUCACCCAUGAAGAGAACCAGCUGUUGGAUGCCAGGAGGACUAAGCACCUGCAGCUGACCAUACAGGCCUUGCAGGACGAGUUGCGUACUCAGAGGGACCUCAACCAGCUGCUGCAGCAGGAGAACAGCGGGCGCAUGGGCGGCAACGACCACUUCACCACCAUCGAGCUGACCGAGGAGAACUUCCGGCGGCUGCAGGCCGAGCAUGACCGGCAGGCCAAAGAGCUCUUCCUGCUGCGCAAGACGCUGGAGGAGAUGGAGCUGCGCAUCGAGACGCAGAAGCAGACGCUGGGCGCGCGCGACGAGUCCAUCAAGAAGCUGCUGGAGAUGCUGCAGAGCAAGGGCCUGGCGCCGGGCGGCCGCGCCUCCGAGGAGGAAGAGCAGGAACGGGCGCGGCGCAUCGCCGAGGCCGAGGCCCAGCUCAGCCACCUGGAGGUCAUCCUGGACCAGAAGGAGAAGGAGAACAUCCACUUGAGAGAGGAGCUUCAUCGGAGGAACCAGCUCCACCAGGACCCCAGCAAAACGAAAGCCCUGCAGACCAUCAUCGAGAUGAAGGACACCAAAAUCGCGUCCCUGGAGCGCAACAUUCGCGACCUGGAGGACGAGAUUCAGAUGCUGAAGGCCAACGGCUUGCUGAACACCGAAGACCGCGAGGAGGAGAUCAAACAGAUGGAGGUGUACAAGAACCACUCCAAGUUCAUGAAGACCAAGAUUGACCAGCUGAAGCAGGAGCUCUCAAAGAAAGAGUCGGAGCUGCUGGCCCUACAGACCAAGCUGGAGACUCUGAACAACCAGAACUCGGACUGCAAGCAGCACAUUGAAGUGCUCAAAGAGUCCCUCACUGCCAAGGAGCAGCGUGCUGCCAUCCUCCAGACUGAGGUUGAUGCCCUGCGACUGCGUCUGGAGGAGAAGGAGUCCUUCCUCAACAAGAAGACCAAGCAGCUGCAGGACCUGACUGAGGAGAAGGGCACUCUGGCCGGCGAGAUUCGAGACAUGAAGGACAUGCUGGAGGUCAAGGAGAGGAAGAUCAAUGUCCUCCAGAAGAAGAUUGAGAAUCUCCAGGAGCAGCUGCGGGAUAAGGACAAGCAGCUAGGGAACCUGAAAGACCGAGUGAAGUCUCUGCAGACUGACUCCAGCAACACGGACACUGCUCUGGCCACCCUGGAGGAGGCGCUCUCCGAAAAGGAGCGCAUAAUUGAGAGGCUUAAGGAUCAGAGAGAGAGGGAGGAUCGUGAGCGCCUGGAGGAGGUGGAGGCCUACAAAAAAGAGAACAAGGACCUCAAGGAGAAGGUCGGCACCUUGCAAUUGGAGUUAACUGAUAAAGAGUCCAGUCUGAUUGACCUGAAGGAGCAUGCCUCCUCACUGGCCUCCUCAGGACUUAAGAAGGACUCCAAACUGAAGUCCCUGGAGAUCGCCAUCGAGCAGAAGAAGGAGGAGUGCAGUAAGUUGGAAACACAGUUGCAGAAGCAAGCAGAGCAGCUGUUCAGUCAGAUGAGCAACCCUAAGGCACACGAGGUGGAUCAUCAGAGUUCCCGUGGCAACCCUGACUUUAUGGAUCGGGUGAAGCUCCUGGAAAAGGAGGUGACGUUCUACAAGGAGGAGUCUGGGAAAUCCCAGGCGGAGGUGGAGAGACUGUUGGAAAUCCUCCGUGAAGUUGAGACAGAGAAGAACGACAAGGACAAGAAGAUUGCUGAACUCGAAAGCCUCGCUCCCAGGCAAACCAAGGACCAGACCAAGAAGGGCCCUAACAUCAAAUUGGGCCCUCAGGGAGACAAGAAGGAUGCAAGAAAGGACAACCCUAUGGACAACCCAAAGAUGGAGGAACUGAUGAACGUUCUAGAGAAGACGAGGCAGGAGCUUGAUGCCACCAAGCAGCGCCUGUCCUCCAGCCAGCAGUCCCUGUCUGAGCGCGAUGGUCACCUGACCAACAUGCGUCAGGAGCGCCGUAAACACCUGGAGGAGAUCCUGGAGAUGAAGCAACAAGCUCUGCUGGCAGCCAUCAGCGAGAAAGACGCCAACAUUGCCCUUCUGGAACUCUCCGCUUCCAACAAGAAGAAGACGCAGGAUGAGGUGCUGUCUCUGAAGAGGGAGAAGGACAAGCUGGUGCACCAGCUCAAACAGCAGACCCAGAGCAGAAUGAAGCUGAUAGCAGAUAACUAUGAGGAUGACCACUACCACACCCACCCCCCUCACCCACAGCAGCCCACACCCCAGCCAGGCUACCCAGCGCAUCCCCAGCACCUCCAGCAUGCUCCCCAGCCCCCCUACCCCCACGCCCCUCACCCCCAGCACCCCCAGCCCCCACAGCAGCACCCACACCCCCAGGGACCACAGCCCCAGUACCCUCCCCAUCCCCAGCACCCGCAACACCCCCAACAUACCCAGCACCCUCAGCACCCCCAACAUCCACAGCCGGCUCCCCAGCACCAACAGCACGGCCCCCGGGCCCAGCAGCCCCACCCCCAGCAGCAGCACCCCCAACACCCCCAACACCUGCACGGCCCCAUGCCCCCCCAGCAGCAACAGCAGCAGCAGCAGCAGCAGCAACAGCAGCAUCCCCCUCACCCCCAGCACCCUCAUGCUCCUCAGCCCCAGCAGCAGCCCCCCCACCCUGGACACCCGCACCCCCAGCAGCAGCACCCUCAGCACCACCCCCAGCAGCAGCACCACCCCCAACAGCACCCUCAGCAGCACCCCCAACAACACCCCCAACAGCACCCCCAACAGCACCCUCAGCAGCACCCCCAACAACACCCCCAACAGCACCCUCAGCAGCACCCCCAACAACACCCCCAGCAACACCCCCAACAGCACCCCCAACAGCACUCCCAGCACCCUCAGCCCCACGGCCAGCAGCACCCCCGUCACCCACCACCACACCACCGCGGCCCGGCACGCGGCCCCCACGCUGGACAUCGACCCUCCGCAGACCAGGAUGAUGAGGAAGGCAUUUGGGCAUAACCAUUUCCAAAACCAAAGCUCUUAUGUUGUUUUGUUGAGAUGAUUCAGUCACUACUGGAGGAGAACAGCCAUGCCAUGAUGCUGAAACAACACACUGUCCAUCUGACCAGACAUCUGACCAGACCUUACCCUCAAUCUGUUGCCUUCGCUGGAGUAGGUUGCCGUUUUGUCUCAGUUCAGUGGAAGGGGCAGAGUCAUGCAAGUGGGAGGGCCAAGCGAAGUGAUACACAACUGAGCAGAUGAUUGGGGCAGGAUGAUUAAGACUGAGGCAGGACUGGGGUAUGGACCUUGACACAUGGAUACGUAUCCACCACCUGAUGUUGUAUGCCAGUGGGAAGGAAUCUCCUCAUCCACCUAGACAAUGCAUUGUGCUGGAUCAGCAGUCACCUCCAUGAAGAUCUUAUCCCUCAAGUUCUUGAGAUAACUGUGAUCAGAUUACCUAUCAACUACUGUCUGGCUGCUCUUGCACCUACUCUAACAUCUGCCUGGUUCCGCCCAGCUCACGUGACUGGCCUAUUGUCCUGUUCACAUCUGCCUGAUUCUGCCCAGCUCACGUGAUUGACCUAUCAUCCUGUUCACAUCUGCCUGGCUCCGCCCCUCUCUCUGACACUGAUCUGCCAAGCUAAUGUUCUCCCCGCCCACAUGGUCACAGUCCCCUGCCUUUGUUUAGCCCCACACACAGCUGUUGUCUGGACCUACUGCCUCUGUCUCUCUCCUUCCAUCUUUGCAAUUUCUGCUGCCAAGAUUUACCUAUGUAUUAAUUUAUUUCUUGAUUUUGUUUUGAUUUGUAUAAUUGUAUUUGGAUCGAUAUUUUUGGUGAAAUGCGGUAGCCUGCCAACUUUACACAGAAACAUUUGUUUACCUUGCCUUUAUAACUCUCACCCCACAGCACAUCUUUUGUUACAUAUCAGGGAAGUAGAAUUCAGAGGAACUCUGCCCCCUGGUGGCUUCCUCCUGUACACCCCCCAUCAGUACGGCCUUACUGGCAGCGAAGCCUCCCUGCCCUCUGGUGACGUGAGAGAGAGUAGGGCCUAGUGUGCACAGCUGUGGUCUGGCCCAUACAUGUUGUUACCUCAGUUCAGCAUUCUGAAGCAGCCCACCUCUAUGCAGUCUUCUGAGGGGUUUGUGCUGUUACCUUUCAGUUACCUUUGAGAGUACAAAUCAGAACAAUUUCAUUUAGUGAGUGUGUUUGUAUGUGUUUCUGUGAGUGUGUGGUGUGUGUGUUUCUCUCUGUGUGUGUGUGUGUGUGUGUGUGUGUGUGUGUGUGUGUGUGUGUGUGUGUGUGUGACAUUUAUCAUAAAAAAACAGUAUUGAAUCAUACUGGUCAGCUGUGGACAUUUCUGGAGUUCUGAGCAUUCUCCUUUUCAGAGCGUGUUCUGGUUGGUCUCCUAGAGAAGAUCCUGCGCCUAUGCAGAUCCUGCGCCUAUGCUCCCUCUUCCAGGGUAUAUUUCUAAUGGUGCUUCAGCUGGUGCUCCUGCUCAUGAAGGCUUCAGAUCCAGCAGUCAUGACGACAAACCUAAUGUGAUCUGAAACAAUAAAACCCGAAAAACAACAGGUGAUCUCGCCGACAAGCAACACUUGAGCUGUUUGGUGAGUGAGCUUCUAGCUUCGGCCUCUCCUGCCCAGUCCUCUCUGGUCAAACAAGACUGUUUUGAACAGAAAAAAGCAGCUGUCUUUUUGGAUCCUCAACGUGAUCCUUGGGCAGCAGAAGUGUACUAACAGAUAAAAACAAUCAAAACAAACAAUGAUGAAGUAAUCUCAAGUCCUACAAACCAUCUACUGGUUCCUAAAUCUACAGCACAGGCAAACGUGUUGGGAACCGCGUUCUUAGAUUUGGGUAUCUGUUCUAAUCGUUCAUGGUCAGCUCGCCUCAGAUGACCUAUCUGUUCUAUGAGAUGUGGUUUGUGUGUGUGUGGGAAUCUGUAGCUCGUGGAGUCGGUGCCCCUUUAGUCUGUAGUGAGGGUCAAUCAGUCCCCACAGCAGUACCGUAUGACCAAAUCCCUUGGCCUCUCAUCCAUUUGGUUCAGCUCAUCCCCGAGCUGUUGCACUGACCCCUGCCCUAUCUCUGUGACUCCUUGGUGUCCCCCUUGAACUUGGUGGCCUGUGCCUCGAGACAUUAUAUAUACACACAUAUAUAAAUAUACAUAGAUAAAUAUAUAUAUUAAAAAAAUAGAUAUAUUUAAAAUGUGUCUUUACGUGCUGAGAAAAUAGUGACUUUAAAAAUAAUUAGAAUGCGAAGAGAACUACUUUUUCCCCUUUUCAGUGUGGCCCUCAGUAUUUUAAUCUCUCCUACUGUCAAGACUGGUGUUUGUCAGAGACUGAGUGAGUGUGUGUGUGAGUGAGAGUUUUAUUUCUUCACUCAUCAUUAACUCUCAGAGAUCUUACUCUGAGUAUGAAGUGGCUUAGAAGAGAAAGUUCCCUCAUCUGGCAGCAGAGAUAUAUCAGAGUUCUGCUCAUAAGCCUUAGCUGCUGUUCCUUGAGAUUUAGUUGAUCUCAAACAUAGGAUUAUUAUAGUGGUUUCCGAGUGUUAAUUGGAUUUAAUUGGAUUUUCUUAAUUGUCAUUUUGGACAAACAUUCUGCAGUACUGGUACAUUUAAUAGGCAACAACAAAUAAGGUUGCAACAUUCAGCACUUGGCCCAAACAAAGAGCUAAAGUUGCUUAUGUCUGCCUCCAGUAGGUCAGUCUGAGUCCUGCAUUAAUGGCUUGGUUAAUUCAAAACUCACUAUUUCACGUUUAUCCCCAAUGCCCAGUUGCUUGGGUUGCAAUGCAAUUAGUCAUUGCCAAGAUUUUAUGAUAAAUAUGUGAUGCAGCAGUAGCAGAAAUGAGAAAAGUGCAGCAGAGCCGUCAACCCAAUCAUGCACUGGUGAGUGAGGACUAUCAUCGAUACUGUUAAAGUGGAAGUCUAAACACCUCAGUCACUAAGACAUUGCCUACUGGUUUUCUCUGUUUGACUUUGUCUUUGUUUGUUUGCUUGCUGUUGUCCCUCUGCUGUUCCUCUCUGCUGUUGUGAGGUUUCGUGUGGACCAUGUCUGUCUGGGUGUUUUAGAAUAGGACACCAGAAAACUCAUUCCAUGGUAAAACAAUAAGGAAAAAAAAGUGGAUUAUUAGACUGUUAGUGCUUCUUCUCCCAAGCCCUUCCAAAGGGAGGGAGGGUUACUCUUCCAUGUUCACUGGUGUUGUGGCCGUCGUAGGAGUCCUCUGUUCACUGUUCAAGUCCCUUGUUCUCUGUCAGGUUGAUGUGUGUAAUUCCGAAUAUGUCUGUCAAAUUGACUGUCAAAGAACGCUGUGGGUGGACCCUCUGGCUAGUGUCAUUUGUUUUCUGUUUGUGAUUCUGUGUUGGUCAGUAGUCAGAAGUCAGUAGCAUGUCUGCAGAUUACACAAUGCAAGACAGAGGAAGUCCAGACCUUUCACUUUAACUGAAGGGGGAUAGAUUUGUUUUUGUUUUUCUAUCCUCCCUGUUCAGGUCCUUUACCACUGAAUACUUGAAGUAGCAGGGCAGUCUUCUGCUCUGAGAUUAUUAUAUAGUGUACAUGGUUGACGAAAGAAAAUAAAAAAGUGCUGUUGCAUGAUCAUUUUUACUUAUUGUGCCAACUAAUAGUGUGAACAACAAUUUGAGAAUACUGUCUUGGCCUCUAUGCAGAGUAUGGUAUAAUAGUACACCAUAUCAUGAAAAGGUGGGGCCUUUAUUCAGUGGCUCGGUAAAUCUACAAAUUCUCAGCCAUGGGAUGACAAACUUCAUGUCGCACAAAAGGCCUGGUGGUAAGAAAAAAGUAUAUCAAAGAAACGUAUGACUCUUCCUGUACAUGUUUGGCUCUCUUGCCCAGUCGCUUUUUUGUUUUUCUUUAAUGAUGUCAAAAAUGCAAACCUCUGGAUGAAGCAAAACACUGUGACCAAUGCCAGAAACAUGUUUUCUUUUUUUGUUUUCACUUUUUUAAAAGACAAUUUGUUUAUAUAUUUGUGUUUUUCUAUUUUGUUAUUUCUAUGGUUUAAGCAUUUGAAUAUGUACGUUUGAGAUUGUAAUAUUUGUAUAUGUAAAUGUUUUUGCGUUGUACAGUAAUGAUUUAGAUCUGAGUUUAAUGUGAGUGUCCAGCAUGCUGAAUGAUCACUUGUGUGAACGUGGGGUUAAAGUCCCAUGGUGCAUCAGUCCUCAUACGAUAAAUGCAUCCGCAUUGUACUGGUGUGAUGUGUUUGAGAGUGGUGUGUCCUCUCUCUCCUGUCGUAUCCCUGUAGGUGGACAGCCUGUGCAUUUGUUUUUUAUGAAAGUGAGUUUGCAUGUCUCAGGUGUUGUUCAGCGAGUUGAAAAAUGAGUCGACGGUGCAUGUGUUUGUGAGGCUGUGUGUGUGGUGAGGCGCGGUCGGGUCGGUGCAUGUGUUUGUGAGGGUGUGUGUGCGGUGAGUUGCCGUCAGGUGGGUGGGUGUAUUUGUGUGUGGGUGAACUGAACAUUAACCCUUCAGCAGGGGAGUUUUAGAUAGAUAGAUACAUCAAAAAAGUUUUGAACAUUCUAACAGAAGAUUCUGUUCUGCAACAAUGUAAGGUUCUAAAAAUAAACCCAGAUAUUCUUUAGAAUGUUCAAUUUCACAACAUUCUCGUCACACCAGUGUGACGGUAUCUGCUGGUCUGGGACUGAGAGAGAGUUAAGGGUGAGCUGAGACUCUCCAUCAGGAGAAACUGAUAGAGGGCAAGUUUGACUGAUAUUAUUCAGCAUGGGUACUGUUUGUCAUGUUUGGUGUUUGUAAAUCCAAUGAGGCUGUCUCCAGGGACACCUAGCUCUGAUCCACCCCCUCCCCCCUGGUGGUUGUUAUUGUAUGUGUUCUAUCAGAAUAUUACUGAGUGUUGGCCAGCUUGUUUAUAUCCAUUCAAUAAAGGUGAAUUUCUUUCUGAAGUAAGUGUUUGUCGUUGUGUAAGUUUAAUGACUACAGAAAAUAUAUUGGCAUUGGAUGCUGGAAGUAGCCUACCAAAAGAGAUAGUUCUUGUAUACUGUAUCAGAUUUUUAACAGAGGACAUUACAUUUAUUUUGACUCUCAAUUUUAUAAUGUGCUUGUAUUAAAGUCAGAAUUUGUUAUUAUUGUACCAUGUUUUUUCAUGAAAAGGGGUUUGUAGUUUUUAUACUGUCAUUACACAUUUAAUUACCACAUAAACCCUUCUCCAAGCUGAUUGUUAUUCAAAACAUGCAUAAACUAUUUACUACCGGUAAUUAUUCAUUUACUAAUUAAUAAUGAUUUAAUUGUGGCUUUAACAAACCGUGUGUUAUAUCAGAGAAACAAUAUUAACAAUUUCCC